AUGGAGAACGUAAUAAAUAAUAUGUUUGGAGGAUGGAAGUACAUUACAAAUCUGGAACACCAUUAUAAUGGUCGAGUAGUUGUAGCAUGGAGACCUGAUUACUAUCAAGUCAGGUACAUAAGUGGUACUGCCCAAAGUAUAACAUGCCUAGUUACAGAUGUUGUUCAGCAGAAUGAGUUUUAUAUGAUAGCUGUGUACGCUUUUAAUAUAAAGAAAGAAAGAAGAAGUUUAUGGCAACACUUAGAAAGUAUGAAUGGAGGAAUAAAGCAACCAUGGUUGGUAAUAGGAGAUUUCAACUCUAUCCUGCAAGCAGAUGAUAGAAUAGGAGGAAAUUCAAUUACUAUGGGUAAAGUGGUGGAUUUACAAGAGUGUAUUGACUCUUGUGAACUCAUGGAAUUACCAUGUGGAGGUUGUAGAUACACAUGGAAUGACAAACAUGGUGAUAAUAGAGUCUUUUCAAAAUUUGACUGGGCUUUUGUCAAUAGAGAGUGGCUGGAUUAUAUGCUAGUGGUUCAGUUUAAAGAGGUUGUAACACAAGAAUGGCAACAAAAAGUAGCAGGGUAUAAUAUGUUUCAAGUAAUUAAGAAACUGAAGAUACUAAAGAAGGCACUGAAGAAGCUCAAUUAUCAGCACUUCAGGAAUAUCUUAACAGAGGAGAUAGCCAUGUAUCAGAAAUUCAGGAAUUCCUCUUAUCUAGCAGAAAUGUUUUUAUUACAAAGGAGCAAAGCAAGCUGGAUUAAGCUAGGAGAUGACAACACUAGGUUUUUCCACUCAGUAAUCAGGCACAAAAGACUGCAACAAGCCAUUACGCAGAUCAAGGAUCAACAUGAGGAAUUAGCAACAGAUAAUAUAAGCAUAGCAAAUGUUCUGGUAGACUACUAUGAAACUAUGCUAGGAAAGGAAGGAAGAAGAAGAGCAAAAGCAUUUCAUAGCUUUCUGAAGAAUGGCACUACACUGAAUUCUACACAGCAGGUGAAACUCAUACAACCAUUCACAGUCAAAGAAGUGAAACAUGCUAUGUUUAGUAUAGAUGUGAACAAAAGUCCAGGUCCAGAUGGUUAUGGAAGUGGUUUCUACAGGGAUGCUUGGAGUAUCAUUGGUAAUGAUGUUACUGCAGCAAUAUUGGAAUUCAUGGAGAAUGGAAAAUUGUUAAGGAAAGUCAACUCAACAGUAAUAUCUUUGAUUCCCAAAGUCCCAGUCCCAGAGUUUGCAAGUCAAUUCAGACUAAUUUCUUAUUGCAAUGUCAUAUACAAAUGCAUUUCUAAGAUGUUGUGCAAGAGGCUUAAGAAAGUUGUAUCAAUACUAGCAGCUGAGAACCAAGCAACUUUUGUUGAAG